CGGUUGACCAUGCGUCGUGCCAACCUGACUUAAAAGUCGUAGCAUCGGGAGCCUCCCCCCCACUUGACCGCCCGUCGAGAAGGCGCGUACGGUUACACACAUUGAGAGAAGCAGGAGACCCCCGUCCGAGUGUGUAGUUGCAGGGCUGCUCCAUGGCGCAGAACUCCGCGUACCUUGUGCCAUUCGCGCUCUUUUUCUUUGGGAUCGUUGCUAUUAUGCUGCUCACGAUCAGGACCGAGGAGACCCUAGGGGUACCGGAUUUCAUGUAUGGCGUCGUUGUGGACGCAGGCUCCUCCCACACAGCCAUGUAUGUCUACAAGUGGCCGGCAGACAAGCAGAACGGCACGGGCCUGGUCACGCAGCACCGCGAGUGUCACGUGAAGGGAGGUGGGAUUUCCAGCUAUAUGGGCCAAUCAGGCGCAGCAGGGCGGAGCCUGGAGGCCUGUCUGGACAAGGCAGUGGUGGACAUCCCUAAAGCAAGGCAUCACCUCACUCCCAUCUACCUGGGAGCCACCGCGGGCAUGAGGCUGCUGACUCUCACGCACCCCAACGCCUCGGCACAGAUACUGAAGGAAGUCGGCCAAAAGAUUCAGUCGUACCCUUUCAACUACAGCGGGGCGGCCAUCCUGAGUGGCCAGGCAGAGGGCGCCUACGGCUGGGUCACCGUUAACUAUCUCCUAGAGAACCUCAUCAAGUACGGUUUCGUGGGCCGCUGGCUGAGCCCCGACCGACCCACGGUGGGGGCCCUGGACCUGGGCGGGGCCUCCACCCAGAUCACCUUCCUGACGGAGCAGCGGCUGGAGGACAAGCGCGACGUGAUGGAGCUCCGUCUGUACGGCCGCGACUACUCCCUGUACACUCACAGCUUCCUGUGCUACGGACUCGACCAGGCACUCAACAUGCUGCUGGCUCAGCUCAUCAAGUCUCAGUCAUACGGCCAGUCUGGGGUGGUGUCCCAUCCCUGCUACCCCUCUGGCUACGAGGUAACCUUGGAGAUGAGCCUGGUGUUCGACUCCCCCUGUACACUGAGCAGCCGGCCUGUACCCGCCCGCCCCCUCCUGGACGUCUUGGUGAAGGGGACGGGGCACUACGACCAGUGCCUGGGCAACGUCUCCCAGAUCUUCAGCUUCAGCCCUUGCCCCUUCUCCAAGUGCUCCUUCAACCAGGCGUUCCAGCCCAACGUCACCGGGAGCUUCAUGGCGUUCUCUGCCUUCUACUACACUCACGCUUUCCUGGAGAGAACCACAGGGAUCUCCGUCUCCAACCCCUCGGAGCUGGAGGAAGCCGCCAAGGCAAUCUGUGGGAGGACCUUCGCUGAGCUGGAGCGUCUGGCCCCGGAGCAGAAGUCCCGGCUGCAGCAGUACUGUGCCACGGCGGCCUUCAUCAGGGUGAUGUUGCUGCAGGGCUACGGCUUCGACCGCAUGUCCUUCCACCACAUCUCUUUCCAGAAAAAAGCGGGGGACACGUCGGUGGGCUGGGCCCUGGGCUACAUGCUCUCCCUCAGCAGCCUCCUGCCAGCAGAGGGCGCCCCCGUCAUGAGGUCCCUGACCCACGGGGCCUGGGCGGGGCUGCUCUCCCUCUUCAUGCUCCUCCUCAUCGUCGCGCUCCUGUUCACCCUCGUCAAGGCCAUGGCUGUGAUGAAGAAGAGAAGAGGAGGAGAGAGCCACAUCUAGUCGCGUUCACAGUAAAAGCCCCCGUGGGCUUAGACCAGAAUGAAAUGGGAUUUUUCACUCACUCGCGUCGUUAUGCCAACCACCCACACACCGCCUGUGAAUAUAUUGUGCCCUGUCUGAGUCGUAGUGUUUGACAGUAGUUCACCAGCCUAUGCGAAGACCCCAAUUUAGAUUUCAUUCUAGGCACACAGGUGUCUUAGAAAACUGUGUAGAAGUAAAACUAAGUGUGCUUUUUUUCCUGUCCGGAUUGAAGUCAAAUGUAUUCAUGGCCCCCUUGUUUUAUCAGCAUGUAUGUGGCUAUUUGUGAAAAUGCAGUCGUUUGUGACAUGGUUGAGUGUCCACCCGGACGCGUCCGUCUGUCCAUGAUUCGUCUGGGUGCACGCGCUCACUCCUGAUGUCACGAGGAGUUCCAUUAUGAAAUGGUUCAUCAAAGCUUUUGAUGAAAUAGGAGGGGGCUUUAAGAAUGUUUUUGUUUUUUGUGUUUGACUGGCAUAAACCGAAUCUAAAAUGCCCUCUGGGACAUAUGGCGUAAGGGGUCAUGUAAAGCCAGCUGGUUGCCAUCUGGGUCCUGUAUGAACCUGUUUGGGUUUAUUUCAGCAGUUUGACUUGCUCGCUAUACAUUUACCCACUUAUGACAUGCCUUAUUGUAAGUCGCUUUUGAUCAAAGCGUCUGCUAAAUGCCCUUAAUGUUAAUGUUAAUGGAUAUAACCAAGGUGUUCAAUAAUUUUACACCAAAUAUAACAACAAAUUGUUGCAUUAAUUUACAAUUAUUUCAUUGCUUCCGUGAAUAAAAGAUUGUCUGUAAGAUUCGAUGGUUGGAUAUAGCAGCAGUCUAUAUAAAAUAUAUAUUUUUUAGAUACACUUGUACAGUUGUGAGUGGGACAUUUACAUUUCAUAACAAGAAAAAAUGUGUUUGCAUGGUAUUUUUAUAAACAUCAAAGCAGGCUGACAGCCACAGAAGCCUCUAUGAUAUAGAAUAGACUUGUUUAUUUAAUUUUUUAUUUUUAUUAAACUGAAACACUGCCUAAUUGUGAUCAGACAGAGAAUUUGACAUUUUAAUGAGCAAUAGGCCUACAUGUGAACAUUUAUUUACAAGACUUAUUACCUUUAUUUUUUCUAGUUCUUUAUAUAAUUGACAAAAUAAAAAGUUUCAGUGUACAAAUCAAAUGGGGGGGGGGGGGGGGAGCUUUUAAUCACCAUAAGAAAUCAAUCGUUGUGUAUAGACAUGUUUGUGCAGACAGGCCUCCAUUAAAAACAUGUAUUUGCAUUCCACAUCGUUAUUGUCCUAAAAAGUAAAAAAAAAUUGUCUGGCUCUGUAUUUUGUACCUUUAUUACGAAUUAAAU